AUGCUUCGUUUUCUCCAACACAACACUGACGGUAAUAUGGACUCUCUGAAGUCCAACUUGGCCAGCAAUGAAACCUCCAGCCUGGGCGAGUGGAAAUAUCUCAAGAAACCAGGUUUUCAGCCACGGCCUCUGCGCCUUGCUAUAUGUGGCGCAGGGGCGGCUGGUCUCUGCCUUGCGUACAAGGUUCUAGAAGCGCAGAAGAAGGGCGUGCUUGGACCUGUCAGAUUUGUCUUGUUCGAAAAAGAUGAUGACUACACAGGGACUUGGCAUGCGAAUCGGUACCCAGGCUGUCGAUGUGACGUUCCAAGUGCUGCUUAUCAAUUCUCGUUCGCACCCUACGCUGACUGGCCAGAGUUUUACUCUUACGCCGGAGAUAUCAAGAAAUAUUUCAAAACAUUUUCCCAGAAAUUCGGCAUCGUUCCUCAUAUCCGCCUUCGACACAAAGUUACUGCAGCGAUUUAUGACGCAGUUUCUGGGACAUGGGAAAUAACUGUGCGGAACUUGGAAACGUCGGAAAUGCGUACGGAAACGUAUGAUCUCUUCGCACCAGCAACCGGGGUCUUGAGUAACGUAAAUCGCCCAGCGAUUCCUGGUUUAGAGUCGUUCACAAAGGCGCCUGUUCUGCACACUGCCGAAUGGCCCGUCGAUUUCGACUGGAAGAGUGCCUUCAAGGAUGAGCACGUUGCUGUGAUAGGCGUUGGCUCCUCCGGCCUUCAGACCGUCGGCACCAUUGCGCCUGUUUGCAAGAGUUUGGAUGUUUAUGCCAGAACGAAACUUUGGAUCAUCCCCCUGAUCAUCGCGGUUGACUCACUGAGGGGACGUGACUGGCGGAACGAGAACUUCACCUAUUCAGAAGAAGAACGUGCAGCUUUCGUUGAGAAGCCAGAGAUACUGUACGACCAUCUCAAGGAAAUUUCGGCCUCAGUAAACAGUCUUUACGAUUUUAUGCGAACAGAUUCCGAGGGACAAAAGGAACUCAAACGGAUCACCUUUGAGCAUAUGAAAUCAUGUUUGGGGCGAGAUGACCUUCUUCAGAAGUUAGUUCCGUCGGACCAUGGCAUUGGAUGUCGCAGACCCACUCCUGGAGCUGCUUUCCUUGAAGCGCUGAAACUCCCUAGUGUCGAUCUCAUCAACGAUCCCAUCAAGAAGGUCACUCCGACUGGUAUUGUCACCGAAGGGGGCAUCGAACGUCCAGUGGACCGUCUCAUCCUCGCUACUGGUUUCGACACGACUUUCAAGCCAGGAUAUGAGCUACGUGGAAAAGAUGGUGUCGACCUCAGAGAUGUCUGGGCGCAACGGCCGAGAGCCUACUUUUCAACAGCGGUCGCUGGAUUUCCUAAUAUGUUCCUCAUGGGUUGCGGCCCUGGUAUCACAUAUGCUAAUGGCUCGCUCUUACCCUGUAUAGAAGCACAAGCGGAUUACGUCGUGGCAUGCUUGUCUAAACUGCAGAAGCAAGACUUGAAGGCCAUGGAAGUUGUCCAAAAUGCGCAGGACGAAUAUAACAUUCAACGAGAGUCUCUUAUGAAGGAUCUUAUAUGGACCGAUCCUUGCGCUUCCUGGUAUAAGGGUGGUAAACCAGACGGAGAACCAGACGCGCUGUACGCGGGGAGCACUCUUCAAUUUAUGGAAGCACUAGCUUCUCCCCGAUGGGAAGACUGGAACUUUGUCCCAUUGUAUCAGAACCGCUUCUCUUUCCUGGGAAAUGGAGAAUCCUCGAUCGAGGCUGCUGGAGGCGACAGGGCUUACUACAUCACGAUGGAAGACGCGAAGAAUGUGCUUAAAGCCAGUGACUAUGCAGUCGAUUAA